AUGUCUGCUCAGGAGCUCUUUGUUGCUGCAGCUCGUAAAUGUCUGUCUGUUGGUAGAAAGUCUCCGUCGGUCCUUCAGAGUCUGGACCUGGCUGCUCAGGUCUCGGCUGUUGAUUUGGGGUUAAAACCGGCUCUAUUGUACGACAGCAACGGCGCCAGUGCAGAUCAGGUGCAGCAGUAUUUGAGCUCUCUGCAGUCUUCCCAGCUCGUGUCUAGAUCACUUCUCACACUGGAUUUAAACGGAAACACACUCAUUGUUAAUCCCCUCACAGUCAGAUCAAACGUAGAACAGCUGUUUCGUGACAACAGCGUGGCUGUGAUCGAUGUGUGCCACUCACUAGAGAAGCCCACCAUCGCUGAUCCACUCAGAGGAGAGCUGAAGAGCAUGAUGCAGGAUUUACUGCUCCUCCUGAGAGGGUUUGAACAACUGAAGGAGGCUGAGAGACCUCAUCAUGUCGGAGAGGAGUCAGAGCAGUGGAACCUGUGCACAGUGUUUGGUCUGUUACUGGGUUACCCCGUCACUUACUGGUUCGAUCAGACCAAGAGCUUUGAGAACUGUCUGUCUAUGACUCCGCUGAUGGUGACUACAGCUUCAGCAACGUGGCAGGCAGACACUGCAGGUCACACAUGUUGUCUGUACUCCUUCAGCGUCCCGGCUGUUCUGCUCAAAGCAGUGCAGUCCAACCUGGAAAACUGGAGGCUUCAUUUACAGGAAAGAUUUCAGCAGCAAAAUGUCCUCAAAGAUCUGACAGUUCGUCAGACCACUGUCACUCUGCCCUCAGUCUGUUUGUGAUGCUAGCAUGACGUUUGUAUUUAAAAUAAGCUGUUAAAGUAUACGUGGGUUUUACUUUAUAACUCCAUUAAACUGUCUCAAAACA